UCGGCGCCUCCCCCGCCGGGCCCGGGCUGCGCGGCGGCCGGGCGACCGUGGUAGCGGCGCGAGCGGCGCGGAGGGGGCGAGCCCGGCGCGCGAGUCUCAUUGUUGGGGCGGGGUGGGGGGGGCCCGUCGGGGCAUGAGGGCGAGAGCACGGCGGGGGGGGCGGCCAGACAGAGCGAGCGAGGAGGAGGAGGAGGAGGAGGACGAGGAGGAGGAGGCCGCCGAGGAGGAGGAAGGAGGAGGCAAAGAAAAGAAGCGGCGGCGGCGGCGGAGGAGGGGGCGAGGAGGCGCGCGGCCCCCCGCUCCCUCCCUCCCCCCCUGACCCCCGACCCCCGCCGGCCGGCCCCCCGCCCCAGCCCCGGAGGGAGCUCAUGGGAGUAUGAAGGAGAUGGUAGGAGGCUGCUGCGUAUGUUCGGACGAGAGGGGCUGGGCCGAGAACCCGCUGGUCUACUGCGAUGGGCACGCUUGCAGCGUGGCCGUCCACCAAGCUUGCUAUGGCAUCGUUCAGGUGCCCACAGGACCCUGGUUCUGCCGGAAAUGUGAGUCUCAGGAGAGAGCAGCCAGGGUGAGAUGUGAGCUGUGCCCACACAAAGACGGGGCGUUGAAGAGGACCGACAAUGGAGGCUGGGCCCACGUGGUGUGUGCCCUCUACAUCCCUGAAGUGCAGUUCGCCAACGUGCUCACCAUGGAGCCCAUCGUGCUACAGUACGUGCCUCACGAUCGCUUCAACAAGACCUGCUACAUCUGCGAGGAGCAGGGUCGGGAGAGCAAGGCAGCCUCGGGGGCCUGUAUGACCUGUAACCGUCAUGGAUGCCGGCAAGCUUUCCAUGUCACCUGUGCCCAAAUGGCAGGUCUGCUGUGUGAGGAAGAAGUGCUGGAGGUAGACAAUGUCAAGUACUGCGGCUACUGCAAAUACCACUUCAGCAAGAUGAAGACGUCCCGGCCCACCAGUGGGGGAGGAGGAGCGGGUGGCAGCGGCGGUGGAGGUGGCAGCAGCAGCGGUGGCAGCGGUGGAGGUGGCACCGGGGGCGGGAGCAGCAGCUUCAUCGCUGGCCGGAGAAGCCGGUCAGCCUCGCCGUCCACCCAGCCGGAAAAGCACGCCAGCCACCACGAGCGCAGCCAGAAGAAGAGUCGAAAAGACAAAGAACGCCUUAAACAGAAGCACAAGAAGCGGCCUGAGUCACCUCCCAGCAUCCUCACCCCGCCUGUGGUCCCCACUGCUGACAAGGUCUCCUCGUCGGCAUCCUCAUCCUCCCACCAUGAGGCCAGCACUCAGGAGACAUCGGAGAGCAGCAACAGAGACUCGAAGGGGAAAAAGUCUUCCAGCCACAGCCUGGGUCAUAAAGGCAAGAAACUGAGUAGUGGGAAAGGUGUGAGCGGUUUGACCUCGGCUUCAUCUUCUUCCUCAUCCUCCUCUUCCUGCUCCUCCUCUGGAGGGCCCUUCCAGCCUGCAGUAUCGUCCCUGCAGAGCUCUCCUGAUUUUUCUGCGUUCCCCAAACUGGAGCAGCCGGAGGAGGACAAGUACUCCAAGCCUUCAGUCCCCACCCCUCCAGCCCCUCCCUCGCCCCCAGCCCCAGAUCCCCCCAAGGCUGACCUCUUUGAACAGAAGGUGGUCUUCUCUGGCUUUGGGCCCAUCAUGCGCUUCUCCACCACCACCUCCAGCUCAGGCCGGGUCCGGGCCCCCUCCCCUGGGGACUAUAAGUCUCCCCACAUCUCUGCGUCCGGAGCUUCAGCAGUCACCCACAAGCGGAUGCCUGCACUGAGCGCCACCCCUGCACCUGCUGAGGAGACUCCUGAAGUGGGCCUGAAGGAAAGGAAGCACAAAGCCAGCAAGAGGAGCCGCCAUGGGCCAGGCCGUCCCAGGGGCAGCCGCAACAAGGAGGGCCCUGGCGGCCUGACUGCCCCUUCCCUGCCCAGCGCCCAGCUGGCUGGCUUCACGGCCACUGCUGCCUCACCCUUCUCUGGAGGUUCCCUGGUCAGCUGUGGCCUAGGUGGUCUGGCCUCCCGCACCUUUGGCCCUUCUGGUAGCCUGCCCAGCCUGAGCCUGGAGUCUCCCUUGUUGGGGGCAGGCAUCUACACCAGUAACAAGGAUCCCAUCUCCCAUGGUGGCGGGAUGCUACGGGCUGUGUGCAGCACCCCGCUCUCCUCCAGCCUGCUGGGGGCCCCUGGGGCCUCAGCCCUCCCCCGCCUCAGCCGCUCCCCAUUCACCAGCACCCUGCCCUCCUCUUCUGCUUCUAUCUCCACCACUCAGGUCUUUUCUCUGGCUGGCUCUACCUUUAGCCUCCCCUCUACCCACAUCUUUGGAACUCCUAUGGGUGCCGUUAACCCCCUCACCCAGGCCGAGAGCAGCCACACAGAGCCAGACCUGGAGGACUGCAGCUUCCGGUGUCGGGGAACCUCUCCCCAGGAGAGUCUGUCUUCCAUGUCCCCCAUCAGCAGCCUCCCCGCACUGUUUGAUCAGACGGCGUCGGCACCCUGCGGGGGCAUGCAGCUCGACCCUGCAGCCCCGGGAACCACCAACAUGGAGCAGCUGCUGGAGAAGCAGGGAGAUGGGGAAGCCGGGGUCAACAUCGUGGAGAUGCUGAAGGCGCUACACGCGCUGCAGAAGGAGAACUUGCGGCUGCAGGAGCAGAUCCUAAGCCUGACGGCCAAGAAGGAGCGACUGCAGAUCCUCAAUGUGCAGCUCUCCGUGCCCUUCCCUGCCCUGCCUGCUGCUCUGCCCACUGCCAACGGCCCACUCCCGGGGCCCUACGGCCUGCCUCCCCAAGCUGGCAGCAGCGACUCCUUGAGCACCAGCAAGAGCCCUCCUGGCAAGAGCAGUCUGGGCCUGGAUCACUCGCUGUCCACGUCUUCCGAGGACCCGCACUCAGGCUGCCCGAGCCGCAGCAGCUCGUCACUGUCCUUCCACAGCACGCCUCCACCGCUGCCCCUGCUCCAGCAGAGCCCUGCCACCCUACCCCUGGCCCUGCCAGGGGCCCCGGCCCCACUCCCACCCCAGCCUCAAAACGGACUGGGCCGGGCUCCUGGGACAGCAGGGCUGGGAGCCAUGCCCAUGGCUGAGGGGCUGCUCGGGGGGCUGGCAGGCAGUGGGGGCCUGCCCCUCAAUGGGCUCCUAGGGGGGUUGAAUGGAGCUGCUGCCCCCAACCCGGUGGGCUUGAGCCAGGCUGGCGCGACCCCCACACUGCAACUAUCAGGCUGUCUCAACAGCCUCACGGAGCAGCAGAGACACCUUCUGCAGCAGCAAGAGCAGCAGUUGCAGCAGCUGCAGCAGCUCCUGGCCUCCCCACAGCUGACCCCAGAACACCAGACUGUGGUAUACCAGAUGAUCCAGCAGAUCCAGCAGAAGCGGGAACUGCAGCGGCUACAGAUGGCUGGGGGCUCCCAGCUGCCCAUGGCCAGCCUGCUGGCAGGAAGCUCCACCCCCCUGCUCUCAGCAGGCACCCCUGGCCUGCUGCCCGCCGGAGCCCUGGUGGCUCCCUCACUUGGCAACAACACGAGCCUGCUGGCCGCAGCUGCAGCAGCUGCAGCAGUAGCUGCAGCUGGCGGGCCUCCCGUGCUCACGGCCCAGACCAACCCCUUCCUCGGCCUGUCGGGAGCUGAUGGCAGCAGUAGUGGCCCCAAAGGAGGGACCGCUGACAAAGGAGCCUCAGCCAAUCAGGAGAAAGGCUAAAACUCCAUACACACGUCCCUGACCCUGCCACGUGGAGCGGGCAGAUCCUGGCCUGAGAGGUCCUAGCCUGGAGCAGGCGCCAGCACCCAGACACUAGAGAGCCCCGGCCCAGAGCCUGUGCUGGGCCCAGCCGGGGAGCAUGGGUGACACUCCUGGUGCUGGAGACUAAGGGAGGAGCUCCUUUCGCCUGGCCCGUGCCCCUCCCUGCAUCGUCCUCCCCACAAGGCAAGGCGGGAGGUGGGGGAAUAGAUCCCAAGCCUGCCCAGGAGCUGUCCUCCCCCAGACCUGGCCCUGGGGCUCCAGAGAGCAAAGUGGGCCGUGGUCCAAGUGGCACUUGGUUGGCCUCACCUCCUCAUGUGGGUCUGCACUUGAACAGGGCAGAGAGACAAGCCCAGGGCCUGGCCCUGGCUUGAAGGUGUCCUACGGAGAAGGGCUGGCCAGACUUGAUGUGCAGUUUCUCCCCAGUCUGGGCAGGUGGCAGAUGGGCUCCUGGGACUGCUAUUGGCCAUCCCUCCCUGCCCGGCGGGGGGGGGUCACAAGCCAAGCUUGUAAAAGCCCAAAGGUGGAGGGGGGCUGAGGGAGGGGCCCAGUGCUGGGGAGGGGCAGGUGCGGAAGGGGCCAGACUGGCUCUGUUGCCCCGCCCAUUUUUUGCACUAUUGGCUUGAGGAGUGCGGAGGGUGGGGAGAUGGAGCCACCUGACCCACAGAGCAAAUGUGUGUGUGUGUGUGUGUGUGUGUGUGUGUGUGUGUAUCUACCAUGGACCUGUGGCAGCCAAGGGCAGGGACAGGAGCAAAAGGAGCAAAGGUCACAGGAUGUGGAGGGUGUGCAGGGCAUGGAGGGUGGGGCACCUGCCCCACCUCACCACCUUCUGUCCCUGUCUGGGGCAUGAUUGGUUAACACAAGCCAGAACAGUACUCCAGUAUUGGAGAGAAACUGGGGGCUGGGGGCUUCAAAUCAGGGUACCAUCCUGCCCUCCCUCCCCUAGGCCCUCUUGGUCUCAGGGCCCCCCUCCCCUACUGGUGUGUGGUCUUUCUUCCCUGGCACAAGGGAGCCCCAGAGAUUGGGGGAGGGGGGAGGGGUACAGUGCCACUUCUUUUAGCAGUUAGCCAGCCUGCUUCUCACCUCCAUACCCUAGGGAAGCCCCUUAAGCUGACCUGAUGCCUGUCUGUCCCCUCACUUGCCAGCCAUUUGGGGAGGGUGGUUAGCGACCCCUUGCCUGGGGCCUCUGGGAAGCCUGUGUCCCUGGGUCAGUGCACUGGGGGCUCCGCCCUCCCCUGACACUCCCUUCCCGUCCAUCUCUUUGCAUGUGUGAGGUUUUUUGUGUGUGUGUGUUUCCGUUUGGGUUUUGUUGUUGGGUAUUUUUUGGUUGUUUUUUUUUUU